AUGAUGACAGGUAUAGUCAGCUGGACCUUUCUCCUUCUACUCGUUGCUCACAUUUGCUUUUCUGCAAAUCCUUUGCAAGCUACUCCGAUUGAAGACAUCGAUCCACAAUUAGGAGCCGUAGAGGAAGAUGCAGACUUCCCCUCCUCCUCCUCCUCCAAAGGUGUUGAGCCAAUAGCUGAUAUACCACCUGUGGAUGACAGUAUGCUCCAUGAUGAACUCAGUCCAGCAAGGUUUGUCAUGGAUACCGGUAGAGCCAAUCUCAUAUCUUACACUCAUGAAAAAGCUCCACCUGCAGAGACUCAACCACAAGUAGAGCGAGCGGUUGAAGUUCACGAAGCCUAA